GCGCGCUACACGUGUAUUAGCGUCCGCCGCGUAGCAGUCCCGUACAAUAAAUUGUGAUCGAAAAAAUGUGAUACUGCUAAAUGAAAUACUUGCUCAACAUAAUCCUAGUGGCGUUUUGAGUGUGUGAAAAAAUGGAGUUCAAGACUUGUUCGCUGUUGUUUCUUUUCUUCUGUUCAGCGGUUGGGAAUCCGGCAAAAAUGGAUUCUAAACAGGAACAGUGCAACAAGACCGUUGGUAUAUACGACGACGUGUCCUCACCGCCAGUUACUCCGGAAAACUUCGGACGACCGCUAACUUGUACUUAUAGGUUUAGAGCAUUUCGAGGGUCACCAAAAGAUUGGAUAUUGAGAAUACGCUUCAAAAAAUUUAAAGUCGGCACAUUAAUAAAUGGAACCACUUGCCAUAAAGGAUAUUUACAGAUCGUGGACGGCAACGCAAAAACAGAUGUCACGAACAGAAAGGAGCCGGGCCUGUUCUGUGGGGAGAUCGAACAACCGCAGACGUUUAUAUCGGAGACGAACUUCGUGAAGAUCGUGUUCCACGCGGAUAACUUCACAGACCAAACUUAUUUCAGCUUCGAUUCAAGAGCAGAACAACAGUUUGAAGUUUAUUUGCGCUACGGCCAACAUCCAGAGUUAUACCCGAAUAGAAGAGGCGAAGUAAUUGCUGGAUCAUACUGUGAACGCGUCUUUCGAGAUUGUCGACUGCAAACCUGCUACGUACAGUCAGCCGCAUACCCCGGCGUAUAUCCAAGAAAUCUACACUGCAGGUACCACUUGAAUACGCGGUUGCCAUACAUAAAGCUGUACAUAGAGAACGAAGAAUUCAACAUAGAUGGACAGAGAUGCGAGAAUAUUAUGACUUGCCCAAUGAGACCUAUAACAUCAGGUUCAGAAAACUGCCCCUACGACUACAUCAGGAUAUAUGACGGCAAAGACGAGUCGGCAUCUGUGAUCGGGACGUUCUGCGGUAUGGGUAAAUUUCCAUACUCCAUCAUCGGAACAUCACAGGACCUGUUUGUGGAAUUCGUCAGUUCACCAGCAGGACCACUUCUAAACACCGGUUUUCAUUUCAACGUGGGCAACUGGCCUGGUCAUGUGGAAGCACCAGGCUCUAAAGUCGGUACCUGCGACUGGCAACUUACUGCUGAAUCUCUGAAGAAGUCAGGAGACACUGAGGGCAUCUUCCUCUCGGUAGCUCAUUGGUAUCCACCGCACACUUCCUGCACAUACCUGAUGCAAGGAUUCCCUGGUCAAGUUGUGAGACUAUAUUUCCCAAGUUUUCGAAUAAAUCGUAUAGAAUCUCCAAUAGUGCCGUGGACGGGAGACUGUGGUGAAUCUUUGACAUUAUAUGAUGCACCCAGACCUGACGAUGCACGGAUUAUAAAAACAUUCUGCGACACAUUCAGCAGACCAAUGGAGAAACACGAUUUUGUUUCUACAGGAAAUGCUAUGUUUGUGAGAUUUGAAAGUAAAACUGGAAGCUAUAGUGGGUCGUCCCUCUAUUACUGGGCUCAUUAUGAUUUCUUCAACAACACUCGCUUCGGUGAGCCAGUAGCUGGAACAGCUUGCGAUGAAGUCAUAGCCUCAUGGAAACAAAGAGCUGGAAGACUUCGCUCGCCUCUCAAUACAUUAGUGUACAAACAAGCACCAGUCGGCGAAGAUGUCCAUUGCUUAUACAGAUUUGUAACGGAUAAGAGAAUAUACGCUAGAGUUAUACUCACAAUACUGAGUAUCAAUUUCAAGGAACAUCCAUACACCCCGGUUUCUUGCCAAAACUGCUACGAGGAUCGAGCGGACAAACUCAUUAUUUGGGAACCGCUUCCUGGAGGAAAGACAGCUAAUUCCUCCUUGGGAGUUACCACUACACCCUUGCCACUACAUUUGGCUGUGCAGAGAUCUCUUGGAUCUUGUCUCUGCGCUAAGCAUGCUAACACAGUCUCCAGAGCAAGACCUUAUAGAGUAGUGUCAUCAGGAGAAACACUUAAUCUACAAUUAAUAGUUGAUAAUGCCCAUGCUGCAGCGUCGUACUUCAAGAAUCCCUCGCCUCUUUUUGAGGCUCGAUACGAGUUUGUACAUGGUCCCUUAUGUGGUCCAGCUGUACUGGCAGCGGCUUCAGAUGGAGAAAUAGUCUAUCCACAUUUAGAAGCCUUAGGUUAUACAGAACCACCAAAGCGUAUUCAAUGUAUUUGGGAUUUGGAAAUAGAGGAAAAAAGAGAUAUCUGGUUACACUUUGAUAGCAUUAAGUUUGCCUCUCGCCAUUGUGAAGAUGGAAACAUACAGAUUUAUUUGCCAGGCAGGAUUGAGCCUUAUCUUUCGAUAUGUGGAGGUAACGUUUCUGAAACUGAUAAGCUACCAAUAUUAUCAGCCGGGGAACUUGGAUUUGAAGCUCUAGACGAUCCAUUAGUUAUAGAGAAGGACAAAACCAGAUCAAUUAGAAUUGUAUUUAUAGGCAGUGCAUCUCCAGCUCGCGCUGCUUUUAAAAUAGCCUGGACUGGAUUGUAUCAUCUACCUAAAAAUUCAGAUGGUACACUCAUGACCUCUCGGUUAACUGAUGGUGGGUUGAAAUCAAUGGAUUCGGGACCAGGUUGUGAUUUUAUAUGUCCUGGUGAUGAUGCACUUUGUAUACCUGCUAGACUUAUAUGUAAUGGCGUUGUAAAUUGUCCAAAUGUAACUUCAACUGAGAGAAAAUUCUGGACUGCAGAAGAAAAGAAAGCAAGAGAAGCAUAUUCCGAAGAUAGUUUACGUCGCUUGGGGUAUUUGGAUGCUUUAGGUGGCAUACCUUUGGGUCAAUUGAACGAUGAAGCACCAGAAUUGUGUGCAAGAGCAUUAAAUUCUGUUGGCGGGGAGUGGACAGCUCCGGCAUUGGGGGCUGGUUUAGCGAUUGCUUUAGGCGUUUGCGCGUUAGGAGCUGCUUGGCGUUUAUGCUGCCGAAAGAGGUCACCAGAUGAGGAGUCAUUGGAUUACUGACACGCGGCCCGCGGUGCCCAUGCACCGCCGUCUCUUCAUUCUCGUUCUACGUCACGGGAUCUUCCUUUAGAUUGGAGUCUACAUUGACAGACAGUGUACUGAGCGCCCGGGCCCUAUCUUGUUAACUAUUGAACGAUAUUGUGAUUAUCAAAAUGUUACUGUUUAAACAAAUUCAAAUGAGUCAUUUAGUUUUGCAUGCCGAAAUUUUUGCUUCACAGCUAUUGUUUUAAUUGCGAGGGUUCGAUAUUAAAAUGGCGCUCAAUUAUAAAUUAUGUAAUUAAUGUAUAUACCUAUCCUAUACCGAAAUAAUUAAUGCUUUGGAGGAAUGAUCAUAGGUUAGGACAAGGUGAUAGUAGCCAAAUAAUUAAGCAAUUAUCAUAUAGGUAAAUAUAGUUGUAACGUUUUUUAUAACAUUUGCAAGUAACAGAACAUACUAGUUACGAGAGAACAACCCAAUGAAUAGAAAAAUGUAAAGCUUUUUUUUUACAAGUUUCUAUUAGGACAAUGGAAACCUGUAAAAAUGUUACAAGUUUUAAAAAUGUCAUAGGUACUUUAAAACAUUAUGAAUGUAUAAUAUCACAUUGUAAUAUAAUGUACGUUGGAAGUUUGAAUGCAUUUUUAACUGCAUUAAUAAAGUGUUCAUCUUGUUUUACAGCAUCGCAGUUUCUGAUGUGAGUUGUUUUAAAAUUGGAAAGAAUAUAUUAAUCGGGUGGGUCUGCAGGGCUGAGAUGUUAUGGUACAUAUUCAUGGACUAUCAUUUCAUUCCAUCAUAUUAGUAAGAAAUCUAAGAUUAAAUACAAAUUAAAUUUU